CUAAACGGGUGCUCUAACCAACUGAGCUAUGAAAGCUUGUUGUUACUGAAAAUAAUAGUCCCAUAAAGAUUAAAACAUUAUACUUUUAUAGCUUUCCCUCUUGUGUUUCUACAGAUUCGAUGUCAGAAGCAAGGACAACAUUUGUGACAACGGUUAAGUAAUGCACAGGAAAAUGUUCACUGGAAAGAUCAUCAAGCCACUUGAUAUCUAUCAAGAACGGUCUUUGUCUUUUGGGUUUAGAGCUGAAAUACUUGGUCCCCACUGCACGAUGAAACUGGAAGGUUCUGUUUUUGUUUAGUAUAACAAUUUAACACAUCUGCAUGGAUCAGUUAAGAGUAAUUGUGUUAGAUUGUUUUAAUCUCAAUAUUUAGUGUACGAGUCAUAUCUCUUUUCUUUAUGGGCUGUCUUGCUAAUGGGUUUGAUUAGCCAACAAACGUUUUGGAACAAUCUGUUGGCUUUUUCUGAUCUAGAAAUGGUUAGUUACAAAUAAAAACCAUUUGGUGGGACUAGUCUAAAACUCAAAUUAAACUUUAAUGAUUGGCUGAUUAAUUCCAUUUUUUUCCAGUGGUGUAUUCAUUUUCAACAUUUGAGACUAGUCCUGCGUAAUUAGUCUCAAAUGUUUUAGGGCAGUUGUGUCCCUUACGCUAUCAUUCAAGUUCAAUGUUGCUAGUUAAAAAAAGUAUGUGGUCAAAGUGGCAUGAUAAUUAGUCUCGAUUUGAAUGGACUAUUUACUUAUUUCGCUUAAUUAACCUUGUGAUUAGACUAAUCAAUUAAAUCAUGUUGCUUUUCUUUUACUCUUUGUUUCGUAAUUACUCUUUACAAGAAAAUUUUACGGUCCCAACCAAACGAACCUACCCCUGGUUAUACAGAACAAUAAGCAACUCAUAUCAUAUAUUUGGCUACGUAUGUGAUACAUUGACUAACAUGGUUGUUAAUCAUUUAAUUUAAUUUAUCUUAUCUUAUUAUAUCUUAUACUAUUUUGAAUAUCUUGUUCUUGAAGUAAACUAAUCACAAUUCUGAACGAGCAUAAUGAAAUUACAAAAUAUAUCACUUUGAAUUUAAGAUCAAAUUAAGUAUAUAUAGACAACCAAACAAUAGAAAAUAUAUAAAAUUAUGAAUCUUGACCUUUUUGGUGGAUCGAAGAUAAUUCCUUUGUCUCAUCCUUUUGGAUUUAGAAUCAAGUUGAAUAGAAUACUCACAAUUUAAUUGUAAUUGUUUCCCCAUUUUCAAUUAUAGAACAAGUUGUUGUACGUAAACUUGAUCCGAUCUUGCAUUAUCACGGUCAACCAAAGUUAUAUAUAAUAACUACAUUUGAUAAUGACAUAUAGUUCUUGAUGUGUUAUUCCAUUUUUUAUUUAUAACUAGAUGGGACAUAGCACUAUAGGAGUGAUUUAAAUUUAAGCUAGAUUCCGAAAGACAACCGUACUAUAUAUCUACAACUAACCCUAAUUAUUAUAUAAUUUUUUACGGCAAUGGGAUGAAAUAUAGUAAGAACACGUACUUGUUUCAGUUGUUUGUAUAAGUUCACGAGUUUGUUCUUUACGUCGAUGAAAUUAAAUUGGGAAACAUCACCAAAUAUCAAGCCUAGUUUGAUAUGUUGCAUGUGAUGAUAACUUUUUUAUUUGACUCGGUAAGGAUAUUCAAGGCAUAUUUAUAUAAUGACGUAUAUUAAUGUACAUUCAUAAACAUAUAUAGAUAAAAAUGGAAACACAACUGCUCUCUUUAUCGUGAAAUGGUUGACGUGAUGAGAAGCUAACACACUAAACCAAAGCAAAACUGAUACAAAAAAUAUCAUUCAAACCAAGUCAUUGUCUCAACCACUCUUUUUCAUUGGCCAAGGUCAAAGCCAUGCAUCAUCAUAUUUUAAAAAAACUUGAUCAUUAACAUUACUUAAACAGCUAAACUUCUUGAAAAGUAGCAAAAAAUAAGCAAGUAUGAACUUCUCACAAAUCGGGUCUUUGAUAUAAGCAAAUGAUUGCGUCUUAGAACAAUAUAAACAAUAUACAGGAAGAUAAAAGAUAUCGUGUAGAGUCGAUACUCUAAAUAUUCAGAGUAGCAAUCAUAUGUAUUUGCUCGAUAAAAUGUUACUAUGAAAUGACUUGUGAAAUCGAAUGACUGGAAACCUAAUCAUUUUCAACUUAACUGCAGCUUUUUCAUAAGAAAAAAAAAACAAAAAGAGAUAUGAUCGCAACUUUUGGUAUGGAGUUUAAUUAGAAAAUAAAUUGAUCAGCAUGCAUGAAUCUGAUUUUAGCAUUUCAACAGGAACAAAAAAGAGAACUGAAUAAAGACAACUUUUCUCUGGUCAAUUGCCAUAAUGCUUAAAACAAAACCUGGACGCAUAUAUUGAAAAUCUGAUAUAAUUAAAACUAAAAUUAACCAGCGAAGCAUAUAAUGAAAGUCUAUAAUUUUACAAGUUUGAUAUGAAUAUAAUGUGUACGAACAUGUUUUAUAGUAUAUUCAGUGGAGUGUGGACUGUGGUUCCUAAGAAGACCAAUGUUUAAUUUGUCAAAGUUUUUAGGCACAGUUUGAUUGUACACGGACAAUCACGUACACACACAUAUGAUCGUUGACCUUUGCCGCUAUUUAUAAAAGCCAAAACAUUUAUCUACGAGCCUUCCCAUUCCAUUUUCCCAUCUCUCUCUCUCUUACACAUUGCCCAGUCUCUUCAUUAACUCUUUCUCUCUCUAAACAUCAAUAAAACAGUAACCAGAGAAAAACAGAAGAGAGAGAAACUCUACAUUUAUUCCCAAAGCUUUUGUCCUCAGCAUUUACACAUAGAGAGAGAGAGAGAGUGUGUGUCCCUAUGCACCGUUCUGAUGACUAAUCAUCUUUCUCCUUCAAUCUCUGCAACAAGAAUCAAACUAAUGCUAUAGAAACUACAUACAGCUUCUUUCUAAAUAAAACAAGAAGAAGAAGAUUACCAAAAAAAAAAACAAGAAGAAGAAACCAUGCAGACUCUUCAUACUCUUCUUCUUGUCAUGUUCAUCCUCUGUUCUUCACUCGGUUCGAUUUCGACUCAAACCGGUCCAACCGACGAUCUUCAAAAUCUUCUCGAAUUGAAGAAAUCUUUCGUCACCAAUCCAGGAGAAGACGAUCCUCUCCCCCAAUGGAACUCUGUCACCAUCAACUACUGUUCAUGGACCGGCGUCACAUGCGACGAUACCGGUUUAUUCCGAGUCGUAGCCCUUAACCUCUCCGGUUUAGGCCUAACCGGUUCGAUCUCUCCGUCCUUUGGCCGGUUCGACAACCUAAUCCACCUCGAUCUAUCUUCCAACAAUCUAGCGGGCCCCAUCCCAACUGCUCUCUCCAACCUUUCCUCCUUGGAGUCUCUCUUCCUCUUCUCCAACCAGCUCACCGGCGAGAUUCCUCCUCAACUCGGCUCCCUCCUCAACCUCCGCUCACUCAGGAUCGGAGACAACGAGCUCGUCGGAACCAUCCCGGAGACGCUAGGGAGCCUCGCCAACCUCCAGAUGCUCGCCUUAGCCUCGUGCAGACUCACGGGCCCCGUACCGAGUCAACUCGGUCGACUCGCUCGAGUUCAGUCGCUGAUACUUCAAGAUAACAACCUCGAAGGACCGAUCCCGGCGGAGCUAGCGAACUGCUCCGACCUCACCGUGUUCGCCGCGGCGGCGAACAGGCUUAACGGGACGAUACCUGCUGACUUAGGACGCCUCGGGAACCUCGAGAUACUCAACCUCGCGAGCAAUGGACUCUCCGGAGAGAUACCGAGUCAACUCGGUGAACUGAGUCAACUCGAGUACCUUAACUUGAUGGAAAACAAGCUUCAAGGUCCUGUCCCCAAGAGUUUAACUAAUCUGAAGAAUCUCCAAACGCUUGAUUUAUCGGCGAAUAACCUCACCGGAGAGAUACCUGAAGAUCUCUGGAACAUGAGUCAGCUUCUUGACUUGGCGUUAGCAAACAACAUCUUCUCUGGUUCUUUACCAAAGAGUAUAUGUUCGAACAACACAAGCUUGGAACAGCUGGUUCUGUCUGGAACUCACCUUUCAGGUGAAGUUCCCGCGGAGAUCAGCAGAUGCCAAUCGCUUAAACAGCUUGACUUGUCAAACAAUUCUCUAACCGGCUCCAUACCUGAGUCACUGUUUCAGCUAACCGAACUCACGGAUCUUUAUCUCCACAACAAUACCUUGGAGGGCAAGUUAUCUCCUUCCAUAUCAAACCUCACCAACCUACAGUGGCUUGUCUUGUAUCACAAUAACUUGGAAGGCACGUUACCUAACGAAAUCACCGCUCUAAAGAAGCUAGAAGUUCUGUUUCUCUACGAGAAUCGUUUCUCGGGUGAGAUCCCCAAAGAGAUCGGAAACUGCACGAGCUUGAAGAUGAUUGACCUCUUCGGGAAUCAUUUCGAAGGAGAGAUCCGUUCUUCGAUAGGAGCCCUAAAGGAGCUUAACUUGCUUCACUUGAGGCAGAACGAGUUCGUUGGCGGACUUCCCGCCACUUUAGGUAACUGCCACCAGCUCAAAAUCUUGGAUCUGGCUGACAACCAGCUCUCGGGUUCGAUUCCUCCGUCCUUCGGAUCCUUAAAGGGGUUAGAACAGUUCAUGCUUUACAACAACUCUCUCCAAGGAAGCCUUCCGGAUUCACUAACCAAUCUCAAGAACCUCACGAGAAUCAACCUCUCUCACAACAAGCUCAACGGUACGAUCCUUCCACUGUGUGGCUCCACCUCGUUCCUCUCGUUCGAUGUAACUAACAACGAGUUUGAAGAUGAGAUCCCUCUCCAGCUAGGGAACUCUCCGAAUCUCGACCGUCUCAGGCUAGGCAAGAAUCAGUUCACAGGAAGAAUCCCUUGGACGUUUGGGAAGAUCCGCGAGCUGUCUUUGUUAGAUAUCUCAAGCAACUCUCUUACGGGAACCAUUCCUUUACAGCUAGUCUUGUGCAAGAAGCUGACACACAUUGAUCUCAACAACAAUUUUUUGUCCGGGCCUAUACCUCCAUGGCUUGGAAAGCUUUCGCAGUUAGGAGAGCUGAAGCUUUCUUCUAACCAGUUUGAUGGAUCUUUACCUACUGAGCUGUUCAACUGCACAAAGCUGCUUGUGUUGUCUCUUGAUGGAAAUUUUCUCAAUGGGUCGAUCCCUCAGGAGAUUGGUAACUUGGGAGCUCUUAAUGUACUUAACCUAGAUAAGAACCAGUUCUCAGGUUCGCUUCCUCAAGGUAUUGGCAAGCUUAGUAAGCUAUACGAGCUUCGGUUAUCAAGAAACAGCUUAGCAGGAGAGAUACCUUUAGAGAUUGGGCAGCUUCAAGAUCUUCAAAGUGCUUUAGACCUCAGCUACAAUAACUUUACUGGAGAUGUUCCUUCUACUAUUGGGACGUUGACAAAGCUAGAGACUCUUGAUCUAUCUCAUAAUCAGCUGACCGGUGAAGUUCCUGGAGCUGUAGGAGAUAUGAAGAGCUUGGGGUACCUCAACCUCUCUUUCAAUAACUUCAGAGGCAAACUCAAGAAACAGUUCUCAAGAUGGCCAGCUGAUUCCUUUAUAGGCAACACAGGUCUCUGUGGAAGUCCUCUUAGUCGUUGCAAUAGAUCUGGAAGAGACAACAAGCAGCAGCAAGGUCUUAGUCCAAGAUCAGUUGUUACAAUCUCAGCAAUCUCAGCGUUGGCAGCCAUUGCUUUGAUGAUACUUGUGAUCGCGCUCUUCUUCAAACAAAGGCAUGAUUUCUUCAAGAAAGUUAGAGAUGGAAGCACUGCUUACUCGUCGUCAAGCUCCUCCUCUUCACAAGCUACGCACAAGCCUCUCUUUAGGACAGGAGCGUCUUCAAAGUCAGAUAUCAAGUGGGAUGACAUCAUGGACGCCACGCAUAACUUGAGCGAGGAGUUCAUGAUUGGAUCAGGAGGCUCUGGGAAGAUUUACAAGGCCGAGCUUGAGAGUGGUCAGACCGUUGCUGUGAAGAAGAUUCUAUGGAAAGAUGAUCUCAUGUCUAACAAGAGCUUCAGCAGAGAAGUGAAGACCCUUGGGAGAAUCAAACAUAGGCAUCUUGUUAAGCUGAUGGGUUACUGUAGUAGUAAGUCUGAAGGGUUGAAUCUGUUGAUAUAUGAGUAUAUGGAGAAUGGAAGUGUAUGGGAUUGGUUUCAUGAUGAGAAACCUGAGGUUGAAAAGAAGAAGAAGGUUUUAGACUGGGAAGCAAGAUUGAGAAUAGCUGUAGGAUUGGCUCAAGGAGUGGAGUAUCUUCAUCAUGACUGUGUUCCUCCAAUCCUCCACCGUGAUAUCAAAUCCAGUAAUGUGCUCCUUGAUUCCAACAUGGAAGCACACUUGGGAGAUUUUGGUCUGGCCAAGGUCUUAACUGAGAACUAUGAUACUAACACAGAAUCAAAUACAUGGUUUGCUGGCUCUUACGGCUACAUUGCUCCAGAGUAUGCUUACUCAUUGAAGGCGACUGAGAAGAGUGAUGUCUACAGUAUGGGGAUAGUGUUGAUGGAGAUUGUGUCCGGUAAAAUGCCAACUGAGUCAGUGUUUGGCGCAGAUAUGAGUAUGGUGAAAUGGGUUGAAACACAUCUUGAGAUGGCCGGUUCUACGAGAGAGAAGCUAAUAGAUCCAAAGCUUAAGCCGUUAAUGCCAUUUGAAGAAGAAGCAGCUUAUAAGGUGCUUGAGAUUGCACUUCAGUGCACCAAAACUUCUCCACAAGAGAGACCAUCUUCUAGACAAGCAUGUGAUAGCCUUCUACAUGUCUUCAACAAUAGAACUGCUGGUUAUAAGAAGCUGUAAAGUGAUGCCUGCUAAUGAUUUUGGAGACAUGAAACUGCGAUCUUGAUUUUUUUUCUUUCUGAAAUUCUGUAUUUGCAUUUGUAUAGAGUGGCAGUCCCACAAAUAUUUCUUGUUUUUGCUUGAACAUUUGCAUAUAUGUAUCCGCUACUAGUAAGUCAUAUUGCUUUUAGCAUGCAACUUGCGCCAAGUUCUAAACCUGAGUUUUUUAAAUG